ACAAUGAACAGAGAAUCAGCAUAUGCACUCUCUUUUCUAAUCCUCUUACUAUCUUCUCUGUUCUAUUUCAACCUUGUUACAUUCGAUCAACAAACUCUUUCUCGUUUUGAUUUUUUGUAUAACAAUUCACAAAAAUCAAUACCAAUUGAAGCGUGUGAUUAUUCCAAAGGCCAAUGGGUUUGGGAUGAAAAUUAUUACUCUCAUCAAUUGUACGAUGAAAAUUGUCCCUUUCUUGAUCCCGGAUUCCGGUGCCGGCAAAACGGACGGAACAAUGAAGGUUUUCGUAAAUGGAGAUGGCAACCUGAUGGUUGUGACCUUCCACGGUUCAAUGCAAGUGACCUCCUAGAGAAGAGUCGCAAUGGCCGCAUUGUGUUUGCAGGUGAUUCAGUAGGCAGAAACCAAUGGGAGUCAUUACUAUGCAUGCUAACAAAAGGGAUCUCAAACCUCUCAAAAAUAUAUGAAGUGAAUGGAAGUCCUAUAAGCAAACACAAAGGAUACCUAGUGAUGAGAUUUGAAGAAUACAACAUGACAGUAGAGUAUUACAGGGCACCUUUCUUGUCUAUUAUAGGUCGCCCUCCACGCAACUCAUCCAAUGACAUCAAAAUGACUAUCAGACUUGAUGAGUUGCAUUGGUAUUGCAAUAAGUGGGUUGGAGCAGAUGUUCUUGUUUUCAAUUCUGGUCAUUGGUGGAACUCGGACAAAACUAUCAAGACUGGUAGCUACUUCCAGGAAGGAGGGAAGGUAAAUAUGAGUAUGACAGUGAAUGAAGCAUUUAGGAGAUCCUUACAGACAUGGAAAUCAUGGGCAUUGGGUAAUCUAAAUCCUUUGAGGAGUUUCAUCUUCUUUCGUAGUUAUUCACCCGUUCAUUACAGGCAAGUACAUUGACACAUUGUCGUGGUUUUCACUCUGUCACAAACUCAUUAAAAAACAUCUAAAAAGAAGAAAAAAAGCUUAAUUUUACUA